CACUUAUGUUUCCAGAUAUGGUGGUGUGUCCUCCAACAACUCCCAUUUAUAAAGAGAACUCCAGCUGCCAACACCAACUCACUCAUCAUUUUAUGACCCAUUAGCUCAGAAAAGAUUUCACCUGCAUUCUCAUCUUCCACUUAAAACAAACAUAAUGGCUCUACAGAAUAUGCAACAAGAUCAAAAUAUGAACUUGGUUCUGUCAAGUGAUGCCAAGCCCAGGCUCAAAUGGAAUCCUCAACUUCACCAAAAGUUUGUCCAUGCUGUGGCGCAGCUCGGUGGUGCAGACAAGGCAACACCGAAAUCUUUGAUGAGGCUGAUGGGCAUUCAUGGGCUUACAUUGUACCAUCUAAAGAGUCACUUGCAGAAAUACAGACUAGGUAAAGGUCAACAAUCACAAUCUAGCUUGGACGAUGAUCAAGCAGAGUAUGACGAGAGGCGGAUAGCUCCCCUCAGCAGGGAGUAUCACGAUGGGAGGCCGACCCAAAUUAAUGAGAGCUUGAAAAUAGCUCAGGCUCUACAUAUGCAAAUCGAGGUGCAGAGUAAACUUCACGAGCAAAUUGAAGUGCAGAGACAUUUGCAAUUGCGGAUUGAGGCGCAAGGAAAGUAUUUGCACUCUGUGCUGAAGAAAGCACAGGACACACUUUCUGGAUGUAAUGCAUCUUCUGCAGAAGUGGAACUUGCUAAAACUGAACUUUCUCAAUUAGUGUCCAUGGUGGACAGUGGUUGUCCUAGUUCUUCACUAUCUAUGUUAACAGAAAUCCAUGGCUCUAUCUUAAGAAGUAGUGAGAAGAAGCCAUCAAGGGGCACUAGAAGUUCUCUAGAAAGUUCUUUAACGUCAUCAGAAAGCUCUGGGAGAAAGGAAGGUCAUUUUCAAGAACACGAAACAGAGGAAAUUACAAACAUAAACCCGAAUUCCCCAGAGCUUUCUCUGAUGGAAAUGCAUUCUCACAAGAACAGUAUUCCUGCAGAGCAAGGGAAUGGAAGAAAAAGAAGUGAGUGCAGUCUUUUUGAAGGGGACUCUGUGGAUCAACCAUUAUGGAAAAGACCAAAAGCUCAGAGGACUGAUCAGUUGACGAGGUUUGAUUUUCUGGAGACGCUAGAUUUGAACAGCCAUUACUCGAGUAAUCUGGAGUUCAGUCGGAAGGAAAUAGAUUUGAACUCGAAGGAUGUGGAGCAAUCGGAUGGUAUAUGAAUAUCUUCUAUGCAUCAUAAUGGGAAUGAGAAUGCUUCUAAUACAAAACAUGUAUAUUGCUCUAUGUACCCACCAUCCUCAAAGAAUUUAUAUAUGUGUAUAUCUAAAUUCUACA